GCUCCAUCCGGGGCUUUGGCCGAGGCGGCGGCCCGGGGAAAAUGGCGGACGAGGAGGACCAGCUCGACGUCUGCGAGGGUGCGGGCGAGGUGUUUAACCAGGGAAGCUCAUUGCUGUCUUGAUGUGAGAAGCAAAAAUAUAUACAUUUUUAAAUAAGCUCAAUUUUCCUCGGACUUAGUUUUUUUUCUGAAACUGAAAUUAUAAAAGCCAAUAUUGAUCCAGAAAAGUUUUGGCCAUAGUCAUGAAUUGUGGAAAUAAGUUUGUGGAAACUUUACACAAAAUUGGUUAUCCCGAAGCUGAUGCUCUCAAUGGAGAAGACUUUGACUGGUUGUUUGAGAUGGGAGAAGAUAAAUCAUUUUUGGAGUGGUUCUGUGAAAAUGUGAGCGAUCAGCAUGUACUGUCCGAAAAAGAAUUGCAGGCUUUCGAGGCCCUACAGAAAUCUGGCCAGUCCAUCUUGGAAGACCAGGGUUUGGACGAAGUCCUUAAAACUUGCAAAACUUCUGCCUUGCAGACAUCUGAUGUGGAAGAGGUAGAGUUGGUAAAACUAGAGAAGGAGCUUCAGGCCCUGCAGAAAUUAAAAUCCCUCAAACUUCAGCGACGGAAUAAACUGCAACUGCUGGCUUCGGCAAACAGCCACCGAUCGCUGAGAUUAAGCGUGAAAGAAGAGGAAACCUCCAGACACAUGAAAGAGACCCAGGCACACUUGAGUUCUGCCAGUAGCAAGAUCAGUAAUGAACUUCAAAGGCUGGUGGAGGGAGUGAAGGAGCUGAUGUCCUUCUUCAGCUUUUCAGGAGAAGGGACCAGCCCGCCUGUGUUUUUGUGUCAGCUCGCCUUGGAAAACUACAUGAGCCAGCAAGAACAGAGCACAGCCGCGCUCACCUCCUAUACCAGAAAGCAGUUCUUUCAAGGUAUAUGUGAAGUAGUUGAAAAUUCCAAUGAAGAAAACUUUCAGCUGGUAGAUUUGCACACCCAAACCGUUCAGGGCGACAGCGGCGUUGGAGAGGAGAUGACGAGGCUGCAGCUGGCUUACGCUUGCGCUCAACAUCAGGUAGUCUGGUUGAAAGCCAGGAAUUCCAGCAUCAGGUCGGCUAUACAGUGGGCAGAAGACAAUCUUCACACCCUGAGUAGCAAGACUUUUGUCAAAGAGCACCUUGAAGCUAAAAUUUCUGACUUGAAUGAUGAGAUUUCAAAACUCGAGGGGCAAAUCUCCCAAAUCAAUAGCAAGACUCUACCCGACUUGAUAAAGGAGGACACCCAAUUCCUGAAUAUGCCGGUCGUUAAAGGAGAUUUCGAUCUCCAGAUUACCAGACAAGACUACUAUGCCUCCAGACAAGAUCUGGUGUGCUCUCAGUUGAUCAAGCAGAAGGCAUCAUUUGAACUGUUGCAGCUGGCCUUUGAAAUCGAAUCGCGGAAGCACCGAGACAUUCACCGCCAACUGGAGAGCUUAGUCCAGGAGCUUAGGCAGAGUAACGCAGCGCUGUCCCAGAGAUCAGAAAUGCUCGCCGACACAUCGCUAUCUCAAUAUCCAAAGCCACGGAGUACUAUUGAUUCAAAGGAUAUAGCUACUCAGCGACUCUAUCAGCUCUUGGAAGGGGAAAAUAAGAAACAGCAGUUGUUCAGAACAUACGAAGGUCUGGAGGGAGUGGCUCGGAAGUUAAAGCAGGAUGUUUCCUCGGUGCAGGAUGAGUUUACGGUAUCGGCUCGGGAGCAGGCCCUGUUCCUGGCCAAGCUGAAUUCUGGUGUAGAAAUGCUCUGUGAACCUUUGUACGGUGGAGGAAAUCAGCUUCUGCUUAGUAGUCCGGAACUCACCGAGCAGUUUCAUCAAGUCGAAGCUCAGUUGAAUAAGUUGAAUCAUCUUCUGAUGGAUGUCCUUGCUGAUGUCAAGGCCAAGAGAAGAAUUUUGGAGACUGAUAAACUGCAGCAAAUGGAAAGGCACUUAUAUAUAUAUUUUUUCCAAGACGAAGAACAUCUGACAGAUGUUGUGAAGAGUUUAGAGCAUCAGUCCAGGAUUAAGAGUAUAGGUCUGGAAGGUUAAAGAUGAAAUAAUUUUGAAAAUGGAAAUUAAUUUGAAUGUAGUGUUUUAAUUGUUGAUAUCUCCAGGGUAGAUAUGUGGUUUGUUAGUCACAUUACUAAUUUUAUAUUGUAAAUUUUAGGCCAGGGGAACAUUUUAUCCCAAGUGCAAUUCCUUAAAAGGAAAUCAGACAAGUUAAUAUUGUAGCAUCCAGACAGAUAGAUGUGCCUUCAUGCUCUUAGACUUUUAUUCCGUAGAAACGAAAAGUUGUUUCCUUAGGUGUACAUUUCAGCAUUGUGACAAAGGGCUGAGUUGAAAACUCAACCACUUAAAACAACCCUGGAGAGUAACUACUUGUUAAACGCCCAUGACACUGGGACAUGAGGGAACUUGAGCAGAAGAUCCAUGGGUACUGCUUUCUAACCCCUUUACCUCUAAUUUUUAAUAACCUGCCUCCUGUGAAGAUUGAGAAUCGAAACGAUUCUGAAAGACUGGUAGACGGUGUGGACAAGAGGACAGGAUAUCUGAGAAGGUGAUGGUCUUAGUCUCAGUCCUGGCUUGUUCAUGUUGCUCAACUCCUCUGGGUCUCAGUUUUCUCAUCUGUAUUCUGGGAAUACCACCUGCCUCACAGGGAUUUUGGGAGGAGUAAUGAGUUAAAGUGCUUUGAAAAAUCGAAAAGCUCUAUCCAAACUGAAGUUAUUUAUUUAUAUUUCUCAAUAAAAUGAUAUGAAGCUUUUGGUGA